GUGAAAACAUCAAUCUUGCUUUGAAAGAUCGCCAGAAUAUUCCAUUACUACUGCAAAUGCAAUCUAUCACAGGCCAGACGGCCUUCUCACCAUCGACCACUUUCAAAUAAAGUGGCGACCGCAGAAGAAGUCUCUGUAUACUGCGGUAUUCUUACCUAACACGUCAAGCCAUAUGAACUUAUCAAAAUGGCGUCUUUCAUUGCAGACAAUUCUUCAUCGCCCUCCAACAGCUGGCCACUGGAUCAGUUCGUCCAAGAUCCUGGAUAUCUCGCCUACCAGGAAGAACUGCGAUGCCUCAUCUUCAACACAGCUCAGACUGCAGCACCAUCCCGCGAAACUUCACCUACGCUUGGAAACUUUGGCCCAACUGACGAAGAACUGGCAGCUCAGAUAAAGACAAAGGCAGCCCUUGCUUCCGGACGACGACUUGAAUACCUCAAGAACUAUGUCGCCCAAGUAGCUCCCUGGCUCGAUAUGUUUGAUAGCAACGGAGCAUUCACUGUUCAAGUGCCAGUCCUUGCUCGAAGUUGCCCGGCUCUUCUCUAUGCAGUGCUCGCCCUGUCCGCUCGCCAGAUGGAGCGUAAAGAGGCGAGGCAGCAUUCGUUCGACAGUCUCGAACUCUACCAGGAAGCCAUUCGUCUCCUUAACCCCCUCCUUCAAGCCCGAGACCUCACAAUAAUCCCAAUAUGCGUCAUCCUCUGCUGUCUGGAAAUGAUGUGUGCAAGUCCACAAGACUGGCGCCGUCACCUCGAAGGGUGUGCUGCCCUCUUUGAUUCAUUUGAUGUCAACGGUUUUAGUGGCGGCCUCCUACAAGCUGUCUUUUGGUGUUAUGCAAGAAUGGAUCUAUGUGGCGCGCUCAUUUCUGAUGGAACUCAAGGCACGCUGGUACCACUGGACAAAUGGUUACCUACUGGCUCGGAUCCAAACUCCGCUGCUGACAUCUUUCGAGACCUCCGCUCACCAGAUAUGCACGCCAAUUACUCAGUAUAUCUCUGCUCUAAAGUCUGUGAGCUCGUUGCUGACCGCACUCACUAUGUCGAGCUUGGGGAGAACAAUGGUUGCGAUUCUGCAACUUUUGAAAGACGGUGGCUACGACUCUGGCACGAUCUUCAAACUUGGUUGGAGGAUCGACCAGCAGAAGUGGUUCCUGUCCAGUUCAUUGAAAGUCGGCCAUUUCCCCAGAUCCUCUUUGUUCAUUGGGCUGGGAUCUCAUCUAAUCAGCUUUAUCACACCGCCUGCACGCUGUUGCUAGAAUCGAAACCUCGGGAGGUCAAGCUUGAUGUGGGACCGACAGGAUCUUCCAUCUGGCAUGCCAAAUGUAUAUGCGGUAUUUCCUUGACCAACCCCCAUCAAGGCUGUCUCAAUAAUGCCAUCCAGCCGCUUUGGAUUGCAGGGAGACUUCUCAGUCACAAGUCAGAACAUUUGCUUCUCUCCAAGCUGAUCCUGAGCAUAGAGGCGAUGACGGGGUGGGCGACUAAUUGGCGCAUAACCGACCUUGAACACGCCUGGGGUUACAAGGUCAGAUGAAGUGUUUAAUCAUCUCCCCUCUUCACUACUGUACAAACAAAUCACGGGAAACGGUUAAGUCGAUACCAUCACCAGCCAACGAAAAGGGGAUACACUUCAUUAUAUCGCCCAGUCCGUAGCUUAAGCAAAGAUACGGAGAGGAAAGUUAGGAAGAUAAAAGCCAGGAUCGUUGAACCUUAGCUCGCGGUCUAGAGCAGAGAUGCUCUCAAUCUCUUCUUGAGAAAGGUCAAAACUCACAACAUCCAGAUUCUGCGCUAGGCGGCUGGGGUUGUUUGAUUUGGGAAUGACAGCAAUGUUGCGCUGCGUCGCCCACCGUAGUACAACCUGAGCAGGAGUUUUGCCAUGUUUUGCAGCAAUGCCCUUGAUGAGGCUAGACUCAAGAAGAGGCUCGGCACCGUGAGCUCUCUUAGAGAAGAUACCGGGGAGCUCCUUGAAGCUUUGGGGCCCAAAUGACGAAUAGGCUGUGACCGCGAUGUUGUUCUCUUGAGCCAUGGCAAUGAGGUCUGGCUGGACAAGGUAGGGAUGGUGUUCGAUUUGUAGAGAGGAUAUAGGGCGACGAGCGUAGCGUUGCACAUCAUAAAGAGACUGGGCUUGGAAGUUGGACACGCCGAUGGACUUGGCGAUACCUUGGUCGACAACUUCCUCGAGCGCCUCCCAUGUCUCGCGAAUGGGGACGUUAGCCGGCUUGACAGUACCUUGAUCAUUCAUCCACCAGGCCUAGACGAAUAUUAACCAAGAUGCACAAGAAGAAUUCAUAUCAAACAUACUGGAUAGCGACGUUUCUCAGGCUCAAUAUACUCGAGGGCAACCGGGAAGUGGAUGAGAUAGAGAUCAAUAUAUCCAAGACCCCAUGCCUCAUUCUGGGAUCGGGCAAAGGCAAGGGCAUGUUCUUUCGCA